AUGUUUGCCUCUAAUAAUGCUUGCUUGGUGCCUGAUACUUUCUGGUUAAUUGGCAUCCCAGGCCUGGAGUCCUUGUACAUCUGGCUCUCCAUCCCCUUUGGCUCUAUGUACCUGAUGGCUGUGGUAGGCAAUGUGACCAUCUUGGCAGUAGUAAGGAUGGAACGCAGCCUCCACCAGCCCAUGUACUUCUUUCUAUGCCUGUUGGCCAUCAUUGACUUGGUCCUGUCAACCUCUACCAUGCCCAAACUGCUGGCCAUCUUCUGGUUUGGUGCCUGCAAUAUUGGCCUUAAUGCCUGCUUGACCCAGAUGUUCUUCAUCCAUUGUUUCGCCACUGUUGAGUCAGGCAUCUUCCUUGCCAUGGCUUUUGAUCGCUAUGUGGCCAUCUGUGACCCACUACAUCAUACCUCAGUACUUACCCAUAAACUAGUGGGCUAUUUGGGGCUGGCUGCCCUCCUCCGGGGAGUAUUCUACAUUGGACCCCUGCCCCUGAUGAUCCGCCUAAGGCUGCCCCUUUAUAGGACUCCAGUAAUUGCCCAUUCCUAUUGUGAGCACAUGGCCGUAGUUACCUUGGCAUGUGGUGACACAACAGUCAACAAUUUGUAUGGAAUGGGAAUUGGCUUCUUGGUAUUGAUACUGGAUUCAUUAGCCAUCACUGUGUCUUAUGUCAUGAUUUUCAGGGCUGUAAUGGGUCUGGCAACCCCUGAAGCAAGGCUUAAAACCCUGGGAACAUGUGGUUCUCACAUUUGUGCCAUCCUAGUCUUCUAUAUCCCCAUUGCUGUUUCCUCUCUUACCCAUCGGUUUGGCCAUCAUGUGCCUCCCCACAUCCAUAUCCUUCUGGCUAACUUUUAUCUCCUCAUUCCACCUAUCCUCAAUCCAGUUGUAUAUGCUGUCCGCACCAAGCAGAUCAGAGAGAGACUUCUACACAUUCUUAAGUCCGGAACUCAACCCAGGUGA